AAUGUCUAAGGUGAAUCAUCUGAGAGAGUUUAUCGGUCAGCGACUAACAGCAGCUGCUGUAGAAAUAUUGUCAGUGUUUGAAAAAAGCAUCUUGGAGUAUGAAGAAGAGCUCGACCGUCAGCGCAGACUGUUGGACCUCGCCAGGAAACCUGAAAUCAGACUCCACAGAGUCGAACUCCCACCAGAAAAUGUUUGUAAGGUGGAGGAGGACGGGGUUUCCAGUGACCAGCACCUGGAUAACCUGGAGAGGAGCUGCAGCCCGGACCAGGAGGAACCAGGGCAUCCACAGACUACAGAACUGGAGGAAGACUCCAGCGGUCAGGAGAUGAAGCACGAGGACGUAGAGGUGGAUGUCUCAUUGGUCAAUGGCGCUGAUGUGAAAGUUGAAAAUGGUGAACCAGGACCAAACUGUGUCCAGCUGCUGUUGCACACUUCUCCUGAAGCUCAAAACAAAGAUGAGGAAGGGACUGAAAGUUUACGCUCAGACUCCAGUAAAACUGCAGAUCCAGAGCCAAUGAGACGACACGGUGACCACGAAGAUGCUGCUGUCCCGUCAGACAGCAACUGUAAAUCAAAGCUGACCAUGACCCACACGGGGAAGAAGGUAUUUACUUGCAGCACUUGCAAGAAAGAGUUCAGUAGAAGUUGUAAUUUAAUGGAUCACAUGAAGAUCCACACUGGCAAAAGGCCCUAUCUGUGUGACACCUGCAACAAAACCUUUACUAGAUCAUCACAUCUUAAAAGCCACAUAUACACGCACACGGGCGAGAAGCCCUACAUCUGCAAAACAUGUGGAAAAAGUUACAGGCUACGUUCCACCUUGGUGGUUCACUUGAGGAUCCACACCGGCGAAAAGCCGUACCUGUGCAACACCUGCAGCAAAAGCUUUACAAAAUUAUCGAAUCUUAAACGCCACAUAAUCAGGCACACGGACGAGAAGCCCUACAUCUGCAAAACAUGUGGAAAAAGUUACAAAGAACAUUCCAGCCUGCUGGUUCACUCAAGGAUCCACACCGGCGAAAGGCCGUACCUUUGCAACACCUGCGGAAAAACCUUUACUACAUUAUCAGCUCUUAAACGGCACAUAACCACGCACACAGGCGAGAAGCGGUAUUUGUGCAAGACGUGCAACAAAGGUUUUAGCCGCAGAUUUGAUUUGCUGAGUCACAUGAAAAAUCACCCGGAGGAGAAGUCUGGUGACUCGUGACAAAUGAAGCUCAUGUUGUCGUCCUCCGGGGGCAGCUGUCCACUCCUGUCUGACCCACAGAAGAAGAACCCGAAGAAGUCCAACCACCAUCUCCUGUGGCUGAUGAGCCUAAUCCCCUCCCCACAAGGGUUGCAGGUUCAACCCGGAUUUAUGCUUCUCCGUCAACUUAACGCAGAGGGAACGAUGUGGUUGUGUACUUUUUUUUUAAGUUCUGCAUUGAGUUUGUUUGAAUCUCUGUUCCUUCUUAAAAUCGUAUUACUUGUUGCUGUUGGUAACUUGCUGUCUCCACAGUGCAAAUAAAGAGCUGUU